AUGGAAGCCUCGCACAAGGACGCCGAAACGGUGGCGGCGGCGACGACCGACCCCCGGGGGGCAUCCUCCAGUGGGGUUGUCGUGCAGGUCCGUGAGAAGAAGGGGCCCCUGCGCGCCGCCAUCCCCUACAUGCCUUUCCCGGUGGCGGUCAUUUGCCUCUUCCUCAACACUUUCGUGCCAGGACUCGGGACGUUCGUCUCGGCUUUCACUGUGCUGUGUGGCGCCCGCACCGACCUCCCGGACAGACACGUGUGCUGUGUCUUCUGGCUCAACAUCGCAGCCGCCCUCAUCCAGAUCCUGACAGCCAUCGUCAUGGUGGGCUGGAUCAUGAGCAUCUUCUGGGGCAUGGACAUGGUCAUCCUCGCCAGCUACAAGGAGCAGGGCAUCCCACAGCAGCUGUGA